UUGGCAAGACAGCACAUAUCAAAACGCGGCCUCGCUAAGCAGCGUCUCCGCGAGCAAGCGCGCCAGCAGCACCUCUCAAAAGCCUCACAGCAUUGCCGCGUGCAACGCUUUGAGCCAACGCCGUCGACGCGGCAGGAUCAAAGCAGCUGACCUUGCAAAAAGCAAAAGACCACACACAAGAUGGGCAAGAACCAGGGCGCCAAGAAGGGCACAGUAGUACAUUUAGCCCAUUUAGUCGCGAACGACAAGGCGCACAUCCCCGACCGGCCGCAGGAGCGCGCUCCCGACGACCAGGGCUUCUUCCGGCGCGACUUCCGGGGCUACGGUUCGGACAGGCCGCAGGGCGAUCGACCGACUUUUAGAAGUGAAGGUGAUGACGACUGGCGGCGCGGUGGCGGCGGCGGCGGCGGCGGCUUCGGGGGCGGCGGCGGUUACGGGGGAGGCGGCGGCUACGGCGGCGACCGAGGCGGCUACGGCGGCGGCGGCGGCGGCUACGGCGGAGGCGACGCGCGGGGCUACGGCGGCGGCUCGUCCGGCGGCGAGCGGCCGCGCCUCAACUUGACGAGGAGAGGCGACUCCGGCGACGCCGGCCCGGCCAAGGUCGCGCCGUACGCGGCACCGCCCUCAUCAGGCGGCGGCGGCGACAAGUGGGACAACAUGUUCGGAGGGGGGAAUAGAGGACCGCAGAGCGACCCGCCGCCGCCUUCUAGGUAUGGCGCCGGCGGCGGCGAGUCGCGGUACGGCGGUGGUGGCGACGCGCGGGGAGGCUACGGCGGUCCCUCUCGCUACGGCGCCGGGUCCAGUGAUAGACCGUCGGGCAUGGGUCGUUAUGGUAGCGGAAACCGCUACGGCGCUUUACAGACUGGAAGUUCAGCGCCGGCGCCUAGAAAGGAAGAAUUCCCGACCAUGGCCGCCGCUACGCAAAAGAAGGAAGAACCUCAACACGUCAAGGAAGCUAGGUUAGCGAUGGAGAAGGUCAAGCUCGAGAAGCGUCGAUUGGCCGAGGAGGCGCACCGCAAGGAGCAGGAGGCCGCCGCGGCCAAGAAGAAGGCCGAGCGCGAGGCCGCCGAGCAGGCUGAAGCUGCGGCGAAGCAGAAAGCUUUAGAGGACGCGGAGAAGGCGCGCGUCGCGGGUCUGGAGUCCGCGAAGAAGCUUGAAGGGCUCACGGGCCAAUCAUUAGCUGAUGCUGUAGCAAAACUCCCGGACAAGCCGAACGCCGACGCCUUUGCCACGGCGCGCUUCGGUAAACAUGGGAGCGACGUUUCGUGGCUGAAGACCGAGGCGCCCGCGCUUAAAGUGGUCGCGCCCUCUACCGAGGAGCAGGCUUCUCUCUUGUUAGCGACGCAGCGCCACCUCGCGUCCCUCGAGUUCCCGAAGGACGCGAACGGCAAGGGUCUCAUUCAACAGGCCUUCAAGUUCCUGUUCCUCUGCGAGGUCUGUGAUGUGGAGGCCUACGAGGCCUGGCGCGACGCCGACGAUGCUGUGUCCGAGGCCGUGCCCGGGAAGAUCAAGGCCUUGACACAAACCACGGAGUUCUUCGCGUAUCUAGAUACGAUCGAUGAAAGCGAUUCUGAUGAAGAAGGCGACGAGGAGGAGGACGAGGAGGAGGACGAGCUGGCUCCCGCACCCGUCCCCAUCUAGGCGUCCUGUCUCGUCCUAUAGUAACGUUUCCAUAUAAA